AUCAAUCCAACUCGAAAGAUAGGUAUAUUAUUUACGACAGUCGUCUUUUGCAAAGAGAAGAAUUUCUUAACGUUCCUCACUUCAACUCUGAAACCUGAAGACUCGUAUAGAAUAAAGUUUAAAUAUCAUAAUUGCGACAUUCCUGUGACGUCAUUAUAACAUCGCAGAAACGUAUUCAGCAAUGUUGAUUGUUUUCGCCACAGUAUCUGUACAGCAACGUGUGAAGUGUGUAUGUGAUACACUAGUGUGAUGUGUAAUCUUUAUGCCAUAUGACAAGCCGGUUUCUAGAUGUGGCCUCAUUGUUUCCUUGUGAACUAUAUGGCACUCGACGUAUUUCAGUUCGUGGAACGUGGUUCUCAAUGGAUUAUUGUAUUUUUUAAUUUGUCUUCCAAUGGCUAGCGAGAGGUGGUAUUUUUCCAGAGAGCAGCUAGAAAAUACGCCUAGUAUUAAAUGUGGCUUUGAUAAGGACAGAGAACUGUCGUACCGGCAGCAAGCAGCCAAUUUCAUUCAGGAUAUGGGCCAGAAAUUAAAAGUUAACCAGUUGUGCAUAAACACAGCUAUCGUUUACAUGCAUCGGUUUUAUAUGUUUCAUUCAUUUACGCAAUUUCACCGGCAUUCUGUGGCUGCAGCAUCCUUAUUCCUUGCAGCGAAGGUUGAAGAACAGCCCCGAAGAUUGGAACACAUCAUUCAAGUGGCACACAUGUGUUUAUGUCGUGAUCGUCAACAACCGCUUGACACCAAAUCAGAACGUUACUCGCAAGAAGUAUGUGACUUAGUAUUCAAUGAAAAUGUCUUGUUACAAACUCUUGGAUUUGAUGUGGCUGUUGAUCAUCCUCACACACAUAUAGUGCGUUGUUGUGAUAUGGUCAGAGCUAAUAAAGACCUUGCCCGGACAUCGUACUUUAUGGCUUCAAAUAGUUUACACUUAACAACCAUGUGCGUGCAAUACAAGCCAACACUUGUAGCGUGUUUCUGUAUUCACUUAGCUUGCAAAUGGUCGAACUGGCAAAUACCUAAGUCUAGUGAAGGUAAAGACUGGUUUUGGUACGUUGAUAGAACAGUUACACUAGAACAGCUGGAGCAAUUGACGUCCGAAUUUUUAGUAGUAGUAGACAAAUGCCCCACAAAACUGAAACGAAGGUUAGCCGCUGCUGCUCCAGCAUCAUCAGGAAAUAAUGUACCACUUCCCAGACCAGAACUUCCAACUACAAGUGAAAAUGUGAGUUCACCAAAGAACUUGGAGGAAAAACGCAGUGGGCAUUUAGUUACAAAAACUCUCAAUAUUGUAUCAAGAGAAGACAGUAGAUGUUUUCAGCUGAAACCAAGUGCUCAUUCUUCAAAACGUGAAGAGCAAAAUACACAAGUGAAGCAUUCAGAGAAGUGGGACCAUGGUAGUGGGAGACAAGGGGAACAAAUAGCCUUCAUGGGAGGAACCAGGACUAUUAUUCAGAAAAACAGUAUUGAUCACAUUUCAAGUAGCUUGAAUGGACCCAGCAGCAGCAGCAGCGGCAGUAGUACUACUACUACUACUUUAAUUAGACAAACAUCAUUGAAACCACACCAACAAAAAAGGAGUUCCUCGUGGCUUAGUGACAGUUCUGCAAUGUCAGACAGCAGUACUCUUGCGUAUCAAAGUGAUCAGUACUGUCAUGAGCAAUAUGUAACCGAACCUGUGACCAAAAGGCAAAAACAGUGACAUAAGAUGUUAAAAUGAUUGUUGUAAUUGGAAUGUGCCUUUGAAAACACUUUCUCAGGAAAUGCCAGCCAUGUCAGAAAAGCUUAAGACUUUUUGUGAAUUUUUGUAUUUAACGUAUCUGUGAUAAUGAUCGAGUCAUGAACUUUAGUUCCUUGCAAUAAAAAAUGCUUUUAUUUUGAUGUUAUGUGCAUGUGAGAGAGAUAUAGGCUAUGUUACUUACAAAUGUUAAUGUUAUCUCUGUCCUGAAGCUCAUUCUUUUAAAGCCCAUGCUGCUAAAUUACUUUCAGAUAGGCCUAUACAGUAAGGAUUUGCAUUUGUAAAUCUUUGUUAAUAAAGAAUGUAGUGAGGGAACCAAAGGUGUGCCAUUUAAGGUAAAAUGAUGUACCUGAUAUAAGAAAUAUACAGUAUUGAGUGUGUUGUGCACAUUUGCAAGCAGAUAUGCGGUGUUUAAUUUCAUUUUUAGGCAAUGGUUUUGUUCAGAUAUCCAGUGCUUGAUAUUUGUUUUUAUGUAGCAAGUUCAAGAUUGUAUUAAUUAUUUGAGAAUGGUGUGACAUGGUUUCUUCAGCUCUUUGGUGUAAAGCAUUUAUUCAUUAUCACUUACUAACGCUUUACUUUAGAUAUACAUGGAAACUUCCACAAAUUCACUAGAAGAGUCGUCUCCAGCAAAUGUAAUAUCACAUAAAAUGCAAGUACCCUAAAAACUGUUUUUAUUUAGGUACAUCUGUAAUUUGUCUCUUAUCUUUGAAACAUUGUUUAAGAAAAUAUGUAGAAUUUAGUUAGUUGUGCAAUAUUAAAUAAUUUAAUUUUCAAGGUUAAUUAUAACCAAAGGGCUGUAUUAUCCCCUCCUUUAUUAGUGUGAACCUUGAACCUAUGCUGAUCAUGUGAGGUUGCAGCUUAAAAUAAAGAACUGUUGCAUUUAUGGUGUAUUUGCAAUGCUUUAGUAACAAA